AUGGAUGCCGAUGUCGAUCACAACGACACCAAUGAAUAUGAUGACGACGAUGCUGGUAUAUUCAGCAUCCCUAACGACUGCCACAGUGAGGACGAUUACGCCUUCACUGGUGAAGACAACGUUCUAGCAGCAGUGCACACGAAGCGCACUGCUGUUGACAAGGAUUAA